AUGUCUCUAGUCAUCCAAGAGCAAGGUUCUUUCCAACACAUUCUGCGUUUGUUGAACACCAACGUUGACGGUAACAUCAAGGUUGUCUACGCCUUGACUACCAUCAAGGGUGUCGGUCGUCGUUACGCCAACUUGGUCUGCAAGAAGGCUGAUGUUGACUUGAGUAAGAGAGCUGGUGAAUUGACCCAAGAAGAACUUGAAAGAAUUGUUCAAAUCAUGCAAAACCCAACUCAAUACAAGAUCCCAACUUGGUUCUUGAGUCGUCAAAAGGAUGUCAACGAUGGUAAGGACCACCAUAUGUUGGCCAACGGUGUCGAAUCCAAAUUGAGAGACGACUUGGAAAGAUUGAAGAAGAUCAGAGCUCACCGUGGUAUCAGACACUUCUGGGGUUUGCGUGUUAGAGGUCAACACACCAAGACCACUGGUAGAAAGAGAGCUUAA